AUGUAUACACUCAUAGAAGCCAUAAUCGCCGGUCUCCUAUGGAUGGCUAGAGGUAAUUUACAACUCAGUAACGCACAAAUUAAUGCCAAAGUUGCAAAACUUGAAAGACAAAUCAAAAGAAUACGAUUAAGGCUUGAUAAAUACGACAAGAAGGCCCAAGGAGAAGACCAACAUAUCAAAGAUAUGAAAACGAACAAACACGGAAUCGCGGCGCUACAGCGAACGUUCGAAGAAACAGAACACCAAGACAAUAGCAACCCUGCAAAUACAAUUCAGAUAACACAUGAAUUAGAAGCGAGGACCAUAGAGCUAAAAUCAAAGGAAAAAGAAUUAAUUGUCGCAAGGCAAGAGCUAGAGCAAUUUAUCGUAGAGAUAGAGAGGCUACGGAAGCAGGAAAGUUUGUGUCAAGAAGCUCUACAGCAAGCACAGAAAGAUUUCGAUUUAAAAAUACAGGAUGUUAAGGAUACGUUGAACAGCGAUAUCGAAUAUUUAACCAAUAAGCUGAGCAUAGAAGAGUAUAGGAAGCAUCUGCUUUUUCAAAAAGUUCAAAAGCUUCGGGGAACCGUCCGUGUAAUAUGUCGCAUCCGACCAGAUACUUCCGGCCAGCUAUUGGAAUACACAACAGAGACAGGACGUUUCCACGACCACGCGACUAAGUUAAUAGUCCAGGAAGAAAAGCUACGGUAUAAGUUUGAGCGGAUAUUUCUCCCCGAGGACACAAACGGUGAUAUUUUCAAUGGAAUCAAACACUUCGUGCAAUCCGUCCUUAAUGGGAAAAAGGCUUGUAUAUUUUGCUAUGGCCAAUCAGGCACCGGUAAGACAUACACUAUGAGUAAUCUAGAGAACGUCGAGAAUCGAGAAGAACGUGCCGACUACGAGAAUGAUGGUAUUAUCCCAAGGGUGAGCUCGAUGAUCUUCAAUGAGAAGAAAAGGCUCCGCGAGCUUGGCAAGGAGCUCGUAGUUAGUGCGUGCUGCUUUGAGAUCUACGGUGAGAAUCUGUGGUUAAUACGAGCAGAUGGAAGUAAGGAGAGACCACGAGCAGCGAGAAGCAUCGUGGGCUCGGGAUUUCAGAAUCUCGACUCAGCUAAGGACUUUAGCGCUUUAGUUGACGCCGGUAUGAAGAACAGACAUUUCGGGGCGACUGCUUUGAACAACGGCUCGUCUCGAUCCCAUUUUAUUAUUAGCCUCAAAAUGGUCACCAAAAUAGAAGAUGGCCAUGGCAAAACACUUGAAGGUAUCCUCAGCCUAGUAGAUCUUGCAGGCGUCGAGAGGACCAAACAAGCGCAAACCACAGGGAAAGCUUUCAAGGAAGGCAACGAUAUUAACCUAUCACUAAUGGCAUUAAGAAACACAUUAGAAGCUCUUGCCGAUAAUAGAAACACAACGUUCAGAGAUAACAUACUCACGAUGGUUCUACAGCCCUUUCUGGGCGAGAACAGCAUGACACUCAUGUUCAUCAUGAUCAGCCCUUUGAAGGCUAACUGGCAAUUGACCAAGGAAACACUUGAGCUUGCGAAAAUCGUCACAAAGAAACGAGAUAGAAGUAGUGGACGUGUAGGAACAGAGGUAAAAAGGGGGCCACAGAGAGUACCAGCAAGUACCGCUCAACUGCGAAGGGGCAAGAAAUAA